AUGAAAAGCAAUAUUAUACAAAAUUUUAUAUAUAAAAUAAACUUAAAAUUAAAAUAUUUACUAAAAAUGUUAAUUGAUUUUUUAGUAGAAAUUUUCGAAUAUUUAAUACAUGAAAUAGAAAACUAUAUUUAUAAUAGACAAUUAACGUUAAAACAAAAAAUUUUAAACAGAUUAUACGGAUUUUUAUUUGCUUUAGUGCAGCAUAUAUCUGUUUAUGUGCUUUUACCUUUUACUGUAGUGUCUAAUUUUUAUAUGACUAUUAUAUUAGCUACUAUAGGCUUACUUAUAGAAACAAGUCUAAUACCUCAGUUAAAAAUAAAAGAUAAAAGAAUAUUUUAUGAGUUUUUUAUUUUAGGACAAAAAUAA